AGCACAAUAGUCAUUCCGUCGUCUGGGAGAGAGCUGCGCGCUCAUCUGACUUGCACGAAAAGUAACUUACAUAAACCUCGAAAAUCCAAAACUCAAAAACCCUAAGCUCAGUUUCAGAAAUCGCCAUGGCAGCCACCAAGUCACCUUCUGACGAGCCAUCAAAAGCUUCACUAGCGUAUAUGAACUACUCAAAUGACCAUCAUUUCUUUGUGUGGAGAGAGUUCGUAUGGGGAGCUAUUGCCGGAGCUUUUGGGGAAGGAAUGAUGCACCCGAUUGAUACUGUGAAGACCCGGAUACAGAGCCAAGCCAUUUUUAGUGGAUGCCAGAACCAGAAAAGCAUACUGCAAAUGAUACGAACUGUUUGGGUUACCAAUGGAUUAACUGGAUUUUACAGAGGAGUAACGCCAGGGGUCACUGGUUCUCUUGCCACGGGUGCUACAUAUUUUGGCGUUAUAGAGUCAACCAAGAAAUGGGUAGAAAAAUCACACCCGAGCCUCAGUGGCCAUUGGGCACAUUUCAUUGCCGGUGCUAUUGGAGAUACACUUGGGUCUUUCGUGUAUGUUCCAUGUGAAGUGAUAAAGCAGCGCAUGCAGGUUCAAGGCACCAGUAAGUAUUGGGCUUCUGUUGCCUUGAAGGAUGGAAGCUGUGUUACACAGGGCCCAAACAUGUAUGGUUAUUAUUCAGGAAUGUUUCAGGCUGGCUGCUCUAUAUGGAAAGAACAAGGUCCAAAGGGUUUAUAUGCAGGAUACUUCUCUACACUUGUCAGAGACGUGCCCUUUGCUGGUUUGAUGGUUACUUUCUAUGAGGCUUCGAAAAGCAUGACUGAGUAUGGGAAGCAGAAGUGGUUUAACAACUUUAGUUAUCACUCAAAUGGUUCUAUUGAGGGCCUCCUUUUGGGAGGACUAGCCGGGGGUUUAAGUGCAUAUAUCACCACUCCAUUGGAUGUUAUCAAAACAAGAUUACAAGUGCAAGGAACAACACUAAGGUAUAGCGGCUGGCUGGACGCUGUUCAGAAGAUUUGGAUGACUGAAGGCGUUAGGGGGAUGUUUAGAGGUAGCAUUCCUCGAAUAACUUGGUACAUUCCAGCUUCUGCUCUUACAUUCAUGGCGGUUGAGUUUUUGAGGGAGCAUUUCAAUGAGGAGUUGGACAAUGAUGUUGCUAGCUUGUCUGUGGAGACAACAAGUUCUUCCUUGCAAGAGGUGUCAUGAAAUAUUAUAUUGCUUGUAAAUUGCUAUCAAUAUUGCACCAUUUUUUAAAUAGAUGCUUCAGUACAAAUGACAUGGAACCACUGAAAUCUUAUGAAAGUUCGUAGCAAAUCAAAGUGAAAUAUUCAAUAGGCUUUAGUAUAUCAAAUUUGUUCUUUUUCUCAUUGUUCAUACAGUCGUAUCUACUCUGUAAUCAGCCAAUACAUCUAAAG